AUGAAGGAGGUGGACCUGACCAGCCUUGGGAUUGCUGGCACCCGUUUGCGCCGGGGUGUCACGGGAAGCAUCCUGGUGUCCAUCCCUGGAGGGAACUCCGACUGUAAGGCGGAUGCCCUGUCGAGCGAACUCCGUAGAUUGUUCCCGCCUGAUAGUGGCGUAAGGGUUGGCCGCCCCUCUCGUAUGGAGGAGAUGCGAGUGCGGGAGAUACUGCCCUACAUGGGUAGGGAGGAAAUCUUAGCAGCUGUGGCUGCAUCAGGAGAAUGCAGUGUUGCUGACCUGAAGGCGGGGGAGAUCCGUGGCUCCCCUAAAUGCAGGAUUGGAUCUCUUUGGCUCCGGUGUCCGGCGGUUGCUGCUCGUAAAGUAGGGACUCGGGGCAGCAUUGGUGUGGGGUGGACGAGGCUGACGGUUACUCCGUUGGCCCGUCGACCCAUCCAGUGUUUCAGAUGCCAUGUCUUUGGACACUCGUCCAAUAGGUGUGGCUCUGAGGUUGAUCGCAGUAAUUGCUGUUUUAGGUGCGGUAAAGUGGGGCAUUUGGCAGCUAGAUGCGAGGCGCCGCCCCAUUGUGUCUCCUGCGGCAUCAGCGGAAAGCCGGCGAAUCAUCGCGCAGGGUUCAGCGCAUGUGCGAAGAGGCACGUGCCCCUCGCAAAUUAG